UUGUGAUACUGAAAGAUAUAGAUGAUCAACAUGACAAUAAGAAACGACAUCGGCCCCGAGACAUGUCCUUGGCAGAACCUCCUCACACGAUGGAGAUAGCUCAGAUCCUCAUGUCGCUGCUCCACGCCUGGGGUCUUGAUCCUGACCUGGAUAGGGUCUGCGAAUCAAAGCUGGGAUUGUUACGACCUAUGGUACCAGUUUGUUUUGGGGUGGUAUCGCGCCAUGGUCACAUGUCGGUACAACUGCCGACCUGGCUUGGAAGUUGGGUCGACUCGAGCAGCACAAUGCCUGAUGAUCCAGUACUGAUGACAUCCAAUCUACCUAUGGAGCUAGUCCGACAGGAGAAGUUGACCAGACUGUUCUCAUCGAAACUUCACUGGGAGCUGAGCACUACUCUAACAACCAACCAUCUUCUCUCCAUUGUGGCUCUGUCGAAUACCCUGAUGUCAAUGAGCAACGCUAGCUUCGUUCCCGAACAAGAGAUGAUCAGGAGACUACAUAGACCUACAACCAGAGGAUCUUCGUGGGGUGGUGACGAUGAGAGGGAGGAACAGUUGGCUGCCCAGCAGGCCCAUAUCAAGCAAGGAUGGUCUCUGCUGGCGACUCUACACUGCGUACUGCUUCCUGAUAAGGUGGUGGCUGCUGGCGCCAAAAGCUUCAAACGUCCGCAAGUUGAGAUGCUGGCUCGCAGAUGGCAACACCAUUGCCUUGAGGUUCGUGAAGCAGCGCAGGCUCUUCUUCUUGCUGAGUUGGCCAGAUUGGGACCAAAAGGUCGCAAGGCGCUAGUGGACAACUGGGCGCAAUACCUUCCUCUGUACACUCACACGGAGAGUAUUAACCCUCAAGCAGCACAGAAGGAACCAGCAGAGAAAGUCACCAGAGACCAAGAUGAGGAGUUUGAAGAAGAAGAGGAGGAAAUAGUUCGGAAGCCAUCCUCGUUGGCAGAACUCAAGAGGAAGCAGACCACUGCUGUGGUGUUGCUGGGCGUAAUUGGUGCUGAAUUUGGACAGGACAUUGCUAGCGAAGGAAACAACAAAAAACGUAAAGAUGCAGACAGCAGAAAGAGUUCCAUUGUUGAAGGGUUCACUCUGAGCGCGUCGAACAACUUGGCGCGUCUGACAGCCCUAGCGCUGAGCCACUUACUGCUGGCUCCUGGCUCCGCUCGUCUGCCCGCGUUCACUCCACUGCGAAGAGCUGCCGUUGACCUCUUGGGUCGUGGCUUCUCUGUCUGGGAACCUUACCUCGAUGUCAGCCACGUUCUGUUGGGUUUGCUGGAGAUGUGUUCUGACGCGGACAAGCUGGUGCCGUCGAUGACGUAUGGGUUACCGUUGACAGCGCAGGCGGACUCUUGCCGCACUGCGAGGCAUGCUCUCACCCUCAUCGCAACUGCCAGACCAGCCGCGUUCAUCACGACCAUGGCCCGCGAGGUGGCUCGCUGCGCCGCGGCCCCGGCAGGAGCCGCGCCGCCGGCCGCAGCCCUGGCGCUCCACCGCGGCCGCGCGGAGGUCCUGCGGGGCAUCGAGCUGCUCAUCGACAGGAUGCACAGUGAGGUGGCCGAGCUACUGGUUGAGGUUAUGGACAUCAUCCUUCAUUGCGUGGACCAGUCCCAUCUUAAGAGCAAGGGGCUGAACGAAGUAUUCCCGGCCAUUUGUCGCUACAACCAGGUCUCACAUUGUCCGGCCACUAGGAGAAUUGCAGUGGGCAGCCACACCGGCCAACUCGCCAUCUACGAGCUGCGCGCGGGCCGCUGCCAGUCGCUGGCCGCUCACUCGGGCGCCGUCACGGCCUGCGCCUUCUCGCCCGACGGCCGCUACCUGGUGUCGUACGCCACGGCCGACAACCGCCUGUCCUUCUGGCAGAGCAGCGCUGGUAUGUUCGGCUUAGGCGCGGCACAGACGCGCUGCGUGAAGUGUUACAGCACGGCGCCUAUGGCCGACGUCGCCCGUCUGAACCCGGCGCGACUCGCGCGGCUCGUGUGGUCGUCGUCUCGCUCCGUCACGCUCAUGUUGGCAGACGGCUCCGAGACAAGAUUCAAUAUUUAAUUUGUUACUGAUUUGAACGUCAUAAAGUUACGCAUGUAUUCUUGAUGUAUACCGUCGUUAGUAUUAGCACAAUACAAGGAAUUCAAAACUAGCGUAACAGAGCGCUAGGGUUGGUUCAUACAAUAAGAUUGACAACGCGGACGGCCCGGCGCAGCUAAUUAGAGCUCUAUUCAAAAUGAGACGAAUGACGCGCGGGACGCGUUUUAGAGCAAUUCGCUCGCUCGCUCAGCCUCAAACUUCAAACAAAGUUCUUCAGUGGGAAAAAAUCUACUCGCGUCUCUUUGAACACGUCCAUACAAGUUAGUUGACACAAUCGGCGCAAGCGACUUCCGUCGUAGUAGUAAGUAGUAAUAGUAGCUUCAGUUUGAACAGAGCUUUAACUCGGACAAUGACAAGUGCCGGCGGGACGUCCGGUGUCCGGACACUAGUAUGAAGUUAAAAUACCGUUCUUUUACUGUAUUGUUGUAUUAGGAAGCUCUGUGAGACCGAUGUUUAAUGUGUGUAGUAAUUCUUUCAAGCUAUUGCAUUCUUAUUUAUAUUAAUGCCUUCAGUAAUAAAGAAUGUUUCAAAUGUAAAAGUAGUAACUAUAAACAUUGUAUUUAAUGGCUGUUCAUGAUGUGAAAAAUUAAAGCUGAAGGUAAAGGUGAAGGAAAGAAAUUCUGAGCAGUUUUUGUCCAAUAUUGAUUGCUCAUGCCCAAAUCUGAGUUUUUUUUUUCUUAUUAGAAAUUCAACUGUGAAUUCCUUGUUGGCAUACUUUUAAAGUCUACCUUUAUUCAUAACAUUAUUGUUGAAUUAUAUUUUAUAUACAUAUUAUGGUGAUUCUUUGGUGUUCGUCUGUUAUUCAUUCCUAAGUUUUGGCUAUGUAAUUUAUUAUACUUAUUGUAAUAAUAAUCGUUGUUAAUCUUUGAAUAAAGUAUUAUAAUCAAUA